CAAAGCAGAAAGAAAAAACUCCUCCGACAAGCUUUAACCAGUGCUCUGCUGGACACUGAUAGAAGACAAAAGACUACUCUAACUGUUGAUGAGAAAAGGUAUUUAGCAGGUUAUAUUACUAAAACAAUUGCACUUCCGUGUUGUGUGUACUGUGGGAGACCAGAUACAGUGAAUUCAGGGUCCGGGGAGACCAGAUAUAGUGAAUGCAGGGGCUGGGGAGACCAGAUAUAGUGAAUGCAGGGUCCGGGGAGACCAGAUAUAGUGAAUGCAGGGUCCGGGGAGACCGGAUAUAGUGAAUGCAGGGGUCCGGGGAGACCAGAUAUAGUGAAUGCAGGGUCCUGGGAGGACCAGAUAUAGUGAAUGCAGGGUCCGGGGAGACCAGAUAAAGUGAAUGCAGGGUCCGGGGAGACCAGAUAAAGUGAAUGCAGGGUCCGGGGAGACCAGAUAAAGUGAAUGCAGGGUCCGGGGAGACCGGAUAUAGUGAAUGCAGGGUCCGGGGAGACCAGAUAAAGUGAAUGCAGGGUUUGG